AGCCCAGAGUCAGGAAAAAAAUGACGGCCGCACAGCAGAUGAGCGUCAUUUCUCCUCUCAGGCAGAUCAUCUCUGGUUGACUCUGUGCGCCUCUGUCUACGCUGUCUACAUAUGGUCGUCUGCGUCUUUCCUCCAGCAGGGGAGAAAACCACACAAACUGGAAACUGCAGUGAAUCUAUCACUCAUCUCCGCUCCAUUUUCAGGGUCGAAAGUGUCUUGUCUGGUGCAUGUGGAACAUUUUCUUUUUUCCCUGCAGGACUACAGACAGAGAGGGAGAGGGGAAACGGUCUGGCUGCUUGAAGAUUUGUUGCGACACAAAACUUUGGCGACAUGGACGCGCCUCCGGCCGGGCAGCAGAUCGUGCACGUCCGCGGGGACUCGCAAACGGAGCUGGAGGCCCUCUUCAGCGCCGUGAUGAACCCCAGCAAGGCGUCCCGACAGCCGGCCUCUCUGCCCAUGAGGAUGAGGAAACUGCCGGACUCCUUCUUCAGACAGCCGGACUCCCGGGGCCACUCCAGACAGGCCAGUUCGGAUGGAGGUGUGUGCGGCUCCCUCACUCCUCAUCAUGUCCGCGCCCAUUCCUCCCCUGCCUCCCUCCCAGUCAACUCUCUCUCCACUCAAGCGGCAGAUGUAGCAGCGACGCCGAUCGUACCUGACGACAUGCCACUCCCCCACGGUUGGGAAAUGGCCAAAACCCCUACUGGCCAACGUUACUUCCUCAAUCACCUGGAUAAGACAACCACUUGGCACGACCCUCGACUUUCGCAGCUUCAGUCGGCUGCAGCUCAGCAUCCCAUCUCUGGCACUCCGGUCCACGCCCACUCCCUCAGCAACCCAGCACCCACUACGCAACCACAGAACAACAUCAAUGCAGAGACAGGUCCACUACCUGAAGGCUGGGAGCAGGCUGUGACUGCAGAUGGAGAGGUGUACUACAUCGAUCACAUAAAUAAGACCACCACAUGGGUCGACCCGCGUCUAGCCCAGAAGAUGAACCCUGGCAUCCUUGGCAUGGCGCUGCAGCAAAGGCAGGAAAAGGAAAGGCUCAGAUGCAAACAGCAAGGCGUCCCUCAGCAAAUCACACCACAGGAGGCAGGAGGAAGAAGCCAGAUGCCUGUUGGGAUGGACCAUGACAGGAACACACAGACGCUUGUCCCAUCUCUGGAUGUCAGGAUCAGAGCCCCAAAUCACGAACCCACACUUAAUGGCGCUCACUCUCGCAACGAGAGCACUGACAGUGGUCUAAGCGUCAGCAGCUUACCCCGCACGUCGGACCACAUGCUGAGCUCUGUGGAUCACAUGGACACUGGCGAGGCUGGCGAGCCCUCCUCGAUGAGCUUACAGGAGACGAUGCCCGUGCUCCCGAUGUCUGAGGGGGAGGAGCUAAUGCCCUGCAUCCCGGAGGGUCUCAGUUCAGACCUUCUGAUGGACAUGGAGACCGUUCUCUCUGGAUCGCACAUGGACAGAGACAGCCUGCUCACCUGGCUAUAGACAAACCCGGCCACCGACCCGAAGAUACGGUGUGAUGUCAAAUCUUCAUAACGUGACUGAGACUGAGAAUUUUUGGCUUCAGAAGUGGUACAGAAACAACAUUACUGAGAGAAUAUGCUACUGUUGUGUGACGGAUACCUAACACUACUCGCACCCCGAGGAAUGAAAAAAGCCCUGACUCUCGCAGAGGGUAGUAAGCUGCUGGUAUGUUUUUUUGGCCUGGUUUUACACAGAUGCAUAACAGAGCAUCCAUAUUUUCGAGACACUCCUUUCUUUUUAGUGAUCGGUCUCAGAUGAUGCUCCCCAAGUCUCUGAAUCACAGCUAAGUUUAGAUUUAUUUUAUUUUCUACACUUGGGUAAGACUCUUUGCAUCACACUUUAAAAAAACACAGUGUCAAGUCAAUGAAGUUUGCAUGUAGCAGUUAUACCAAAAAGGCUCUAAAGAUAGUAACAGAAAGAGAAAAAAAUCAUAUCUACUUGACUUUAUAUAGCUUAUGGGAGCAGCAUGUAGCGCUUCUUGGUCUGAGCAGCCUGCAAUUUGUGAUUUUAAUACUCACAGUCGUCUAAAACAUGUUCUUAAGAAGCGUCAGGAGUUUAAACAGAGACUUUAACAACACUUUAUCUUUAUUAAACACUACAUUGGUUUCAUGAAACCAAAAAUCUGCUCUAAAAAAAUGACUCAUCAAAGCUGACAUUAACACUGCAACACAGAGACAUUCAGUCAGCUAAAAUUCUCACAAGCCAGUAUUAAAACCCAUCUCUGUGGAAGACUGUGGAGUUACUCAAAACCAAGAUUGUGGCUUCUUUGAUGUUUUUCAAAAUUAAGUUAAGGAGGAGAAUAAGCUUUAUCUUCAGAGGUCACAGUGAACAUAUCAUUCCCAACAAAUCAAAGCCUGAGGAGUCUUAACUCUGGGCACUAAAAAUACAACAAACUACAGUGUCUACAGUAAAUGCAAUCGAACACAACACAGGGUUUCCCCGAGAAGCUGUAAUCCGGACGUAUCUGGUGUUCUGAUCAGUUUUCUUAGUGGAUGACACUAGAUUCAUGGCCUUUGCUGUGUGAAAUAACACCCCUGCCUCCUACAACCCCCCCAUUUCCCCCCGAGUUUCAGGUUUUACCUUAUGAAAGUAUGUUAAUAUUUUAGAACAGUAGUCAACUUCAACUCUAAAACACUCCUGGAAACCCCACAAAAUCUCCCCUUUUUCAGUUUACUAAUAUUCAGGUUUUGUUCAUACUUAGCUUUAGUUUUUAUUGUUGUGUUGGAUUGCAUGUUAUUUUAAAAUGUUCCGGUCAUUUUCUCCACUCCAACAUUGAAUAUAUAAGCUUCACAAAGGUAGUAUUUAUUGGAGAUUUGUUUUAUUGGAUUUUGUUAUUUUUGACAGCUGAGAUUUUACUCCUCAGUACUAAUACAGCUCUUGGCAGCUCUCAAACAUAAAUGAAAACUGUUCAGUCAGCCAUCAACCAAGAUUAAUGUGUUUUAUUCCUUUUCCCCCAAUACUGGUGUUGAUACAGUCCUAACAAUUUCCUUUUUUCACAUCUAUUCAUUCAGUGGCAUCACAGGUUUUUUUUCCCCUGCAGAAAAGCAUACAACCAGCCAGGUUUUUAAAUUUUAGCUCCGUAAGUACAAAUCAACUGUCUACACUUAUGCUGAGCAUUUUUGGAUACACACAGUACAGAUUUAGCUUUUCAUUCAUUUCUAACGUAGAUUUGCAUACACUUGAAACUUGCUUGAGUUAUGUGAUCACCCACUGUGAACAGCCUUGCAUUAUGAAGGCAGGAUAAUGCAAUUUUAAGUAUAGUUAAACACUACAUUACCACUCAGUGACAACACUGACAUAAUAAUGUACUCUUAUUGUUCACUGUAACAAACUGUUUCUUACUUUCUUCAUUUUUUUAAAAUUUCUUUUCAGAAUAUCCUGUAGCGAUAACGCUUUUCCAUUUAAAUCCAUUAUUUGGUAAAAAAAACCUUGAAUAUCUGUUUUUGAUACAAGACAACAAAUUCUGUUUUCGUAGUCUAAUUUAAAACAAAGUAAACUUGCAAAACAGAAAUGCGUAUGGAUUAGAUGCUUGGAGCAGUAUAAAACGCAUUCAUAUUUCUAAAGGAGAGUGGCAGAAUACACAGCAGUGAUGUAAAUGUAAGUAAUUUGUUGUAAAUAGACUAAAACAUGCAAAAUCAUCGGUAUGAGCCUUUAAAAAUAACCCUGGUCGGUGCAGUUACGAUGUUAAUUUGCUACCACCCUGUAGAGAUAUCGUUUCCUCUGUCGGUGGCUCCAGUUUUCCACUCUUGCACAUUAGCAUCUUUCUAAUUGCAGAUGAUAUGUUCUUGGCGUAUUUUGUUAUAACGGCAAGUGUUAUGUGGGUGCUGUAAUACAGAAGAAGGCAGUCGUCAGUAUGUGGAGCCCUUUAAUUCUCCUUGUUUAGUUAAACUCUAUAAUAAGUAUAUAACCUGUUUUUAUAUGCUGGGUUUUUCUGCAGUGUGUUUAUAUUUUAUCUUACUUUCUAGGUUGUUAAUUAUCGGUGAGAGCCUUUCUUCUAACCAAGUGCCUUUUUUUAUAUAUACACAGUAUACAGAAAUGGGACUUCAUUCACAACAUCCCCAAAAUAAAGAGCCAUGUCACCUAUUUUUUUAUUUUCUAAAUUAAAAUACCAUGGGCCUGGAUCAACUUACUGUUCAUACACAUAGCCUGUUGCAACACACUACCUAGCCCAUUAUUUAUCUUGGAAUGCAUGACACUUGCUAUGUAUAUUACAUAUAAUGAUUUUUAUUAUCCUAUUUACAGAGAGUUUGGAGGCAAUCAGACUUGUUUUGUAUCUUUUUUUUAAUGCAUGUGCUUAAUAUAAAAAAAGUUUCUGCUUACUCUCACUGUAAUCAUUUUAAAGGACUUUAUGUUUAAUAAACUUUUAAAUACACCUGACAAAAAGUA